UGUUCUUUUUAUAUGUCUACUUCUCUUUGCAUGGUUUUUCGGUCUGAAGAAGUAUAGGUCCAAACAGAUUGUAGUGGGAACUCAAGGGAUCGAGUCCUUCCUAGAAAGGAACAGAACGCUACAUCCAAAGAGAUACACCUACAAUGAAGUGAAAAGGAUGACAAAAUCUUUUGCUGAAAAGCUAGGUCAAGGUGGGUUUGGUGCUGUUUACAAAGGCAGCCUCUUAGAUGGCCGUCAGGUUGCGGUCAAGAUGCUAAAGGAUUCCAAGAGUGAUGGGGAGGAUUUCAUUAAUGAGGUAGCUAGCAUUAGCAGAACUUCUCACGUCAAUGUCGUGACUCUCUUGGGAUUUUGCUUGCAAGGAUCAAAAAGGGCUCUGAUCUAUGAGUACAUGCCUAAUGGUUCACUUGAAAAAUAUGCCUUCAACUACUACAAAGGUGGAAGUUCUCUAAGUUGGGAGAAAUUAUUUGAUAUAGCAGUUGGCGUUGCAAGAGGACUUGAAUAUCUCCACCGUGGAUGCAAUACUCGCAUUGUGCAUUUUGAUAUCAAGCCCCAUAACAUUCUACUUGAUCAAGAAUUUUGUCCUAAGAUAUCAGAUUUUGGAAUGGCAAAACUUUGCCCCAAUAAAGAGAGUGUCAUCUUCAUCGAUGGUGCAAGAGGAACAAUAGGCUAUAUUGCUCCAGAACUCAUUCUAAAGCAAUUUGGUACAGUGAGUAGCAAGUCUGAUGUCUAUAGUUAUGGAAUGAUGGUCCUCAAGAUGGUUGGAGCAAGGCAAAGGAAUCCUGAUGCAGAUAGUGAAUCUAGUAGUCAUUAUUUCCCUCAAUGGAUUUAUGAACAUUUAGAUGAAUAUUGUAUCAGUGUGUCUGAGACUAAUGGUGAGACCACCGAGCUUGUAAGAAAGAUGAUAGUGGUUGCAUUGUGGUGCAUACAACUAAAUCCAACUAAUCGCCCAACAAUGACUAGGGUCGUCGAGAUGCUAGAAGGUAGCACAAGCUGUAUGGGGUUGCCACCAAAAAUGCUAUUGAGCUGAUAAAUGUGCACAGAGUUCAAAACCUUCAUUAAUCAUUGUAGCACACUUGUUCCAGGGUUGUGUAUAACCGUUAAUAUUGUUUAGCAUUUUCCUAUUUUAGAAUGAUUGUACGAUUUGGAAUUUGAAAACAA